AGUAUUUAUCAGUCAGUGGUGGUCACGACACAAACGCGUCAACACGUGCUGCAUAUCACAUCAAGUAAUCACUUAAUUCAUGUUAUUUGUUUAUCCGCGUCAGAGCAAUUAAUUAGGGAAAACAAUGUUGGGCAUGAGUAAUUUUGUUAUUUUAUUACUUUGCGGCUUGAUACUUUUUAUUGUUGAGGCAAAAAAAGCGGAGUAUAUUAUUGAGAAUGAUCCUGAAAAUCCUGAAGUAACGAGCCCGCUGGGAAAAAUCAGAGGAUCACUUAUGAAAACGCGAUUGGGCAAAACCAUUUAUUCGUUUCGUGGUAUCAGGUAUGGCGAGCCACCAGUUGGUCAGCUGCGAUUUAAACAAGCAGUGCCGGUAAAACCGUGGAACGAUACAUUCGACGCAACACAAGAGGGUCCAUCUUGCGGCUGGACGAAAUUUGGGCUUCAAUCAGAAGACUGCCUUCGUCUUAACAUCUACACCACCAAGCUUCCAGAAGCCGAUUCCGUACCCCGUCCAGUCAUAGUCUUCUUUCAUCCUGGUGGUUUUUAUGGUGGUUCUGGCCAGAGCACUUACUCUGGGCCUAAGUAUUACCUUGACCAGGACAUCGUUCUAGUUACCUGCAACUACAGAUUAGCAUCUUUGGGAUUCCUAAGUACUGGAGAUAGUCUAGCUCCAGGAAAUAUUGGUCUCAAGGAUCAGGUAGAGGUACUUCGAUUCGUACAGAAGAAUAUCCGUUGCUUCAACGGUGAUCCAGAUUGUGUUACUAUCUCAGGUCACAGCGCAGGUGGAUGGAGUGUCUCUCUUCAUCUAGUAUCUCCAAUGUCCAAAGGUCUCUUCCAUCGCGCGAUCUCCAUGUCUGGAGCAGCUACCUACCAGAACCCUCUUCCACUCCAUCAAAAAGAUCUCGCUGAGAAGCAGGCACGUUUGCUCGAUUGUCCAACCGACUCAACUAGCAGUAUGCUGGACUGUCUGAGAACUAAAACUUUUGAAGAAAUCAGUGGAAGCUUAUCAAAGUUCUUCGAAUGGCACGGAGAUCCUAUUCUAGUCUGGUCUCCGGUAGUGGAACCAGAUAUACCGGGUGUCGAACGCUUUCUUACCGAUCAACCAGUAAAUUUAAUCAAACAAGGAAAGUUCCAUCAAGUUCCCUAUAUCGCAGGAAUCACCAAAGAUGAAUUCGCUGGCGUAGUUGUUAGACUAAUUGAAGAAUCUACGAAUGGCAACAAUGAAAUAUUCGAUGACAUCAAUGCUAAUUGGACAAAAAUUGCACCAAUAAGUUUCCUCUACGAACGGGACACUACUAAGUCUCUAUCAAUCAGUCAAAGCUUACGACAGUUUUAUCUCAAAGGCAAACCCGCUGGAAUUGAUAAUUAUAAAGGACUGGGUGAGCUGUAUGCGGAUGGCGUAACUAUCUACGGCGUGCACCGAUUGAUGAACCUGCUCGGCAAAUACUCGACUAAACCUGUUUAUUACUACAAAUUCUCUUAUCAAGGUCGUUACAGUCACGCUACAUGGUCCGAUAAAAAACCUUACGGAGUCGUUCAUCAUGACGAAUUACUUUACUUCUUCAAUAAUGGCUUCUUUCCUUACUUCGAAGCUGACGCUCCUGAAAUCCCAACAGUAAGACGUAUGACUUCAAUGUGGGCCAAUUUCGCACGCACAGGAGAACCCAUUCCUGUUGGCAACGAUGACUUUUUGAAUGUCACCUGGACACCUUUUACGCGGGAAAAUCAAGCAUAUCUUGAAAUAAAUGAUGAUCUGGUCAUGAAACAAAAUUUAUAUACUGAUAGGAUGAAUGAAUGGGACAAAUUGUUUCCCAUUGAAUUAAUGAGACUCUUCAUUUUGUUUGUCACUUUGUGCGCUGCAGAAAAUAUGAAUCAUCCCGAACUCUCGAUAUCACUGGGAAAGGUAAAGGGUUCGAUGAUGCGAACACGACUAAAUAAAGAUAUAUAUGCAUUUCGAGGGCUGCGUUAUGCGGAAUCUCCUGUUGGAAAACGACGUUUCGGAGUCGCGGUACCUGCUAAAGCUUGGGAAGGAGUUUUUGAUGCUUCUGAAGAAGGUCCAUCAUGUCCAAGAGUAGGUGGCCAAUCACCACAAGACGAUUGUUUAUGCGUCAAUGUUUAUACGAAAAAGAUUCCAACAUCAGGGGAAAAUUGUACCAAAAGUCCGGUAAUAGUAUUCUUCCACCCUGGAGGAUUCUAUGGAUUUUCAGGUCAAAGUUAUUUAUUUGGACCUCAAUAUCUACUGGACGAAGAUGUUGUUUUGGUAACAGUUAACUUUCGGUUGGGCGCCAUAGGCUUUACUGCUACUGGAGACGAAGAAUUUCCAGGAAAUUUAGGGCUGAAGGACCAGGUCCAAGCAUUGCGUUGGGUGCAACAGAAUAUAGCAGCUUUCAAUGGUGAUCCAAACUGCGUAACGAUUGUUGGUUAUAGUGCAGGAUCUUGGAGCACUGCACUCCAUAUGCUGUCACCAAUGUCACGUGGUCUCUUUCACCGCGUGGUUUCUAUGAGUGGAUCUCCGACCAAGGGCGAAAAACUUCAGUAUCAGCAAGUUGACAUCGCCGAAAAACAAGCCCGACUUGUCGAUUGUCCUUCUGAAAAUUCCAAAGUUAUGCGCGAGUGUUUUGAAACCGUCCCAGGGGAUAAAAUGGCAGCGACUGUGAACAAUUUUACUGAGUGGCACGGUGAUCCAAUUCGUUACUGGUCACCGGUAGUGGAACCUGAUAUCCCAGGACUCGAGAGGUUUAUCGUCGAUCAGCCGAUUGAUAUUAUUAGACGUGGUGAUUUUCAUAAAGUGCCUUUUAUGGCUGGAUCUACUUUGGAUGAAUUUGGUUCCCGAGUUAGAACUGCAGUGACUGAAGCCCGGAAUGGGAAUAAUUCAAUUUUUGAAGACUUGAAUGAUAAUUGGAAUCACAUUGCACCAAUAGCCUUCCAAUAUGAACGCGAUACCAUAAGAUCUAAGCAAAUAAGUCAAGAGUUACGAGAUUUUUACUUUAAAAAUGAGAAAAUUGGCUUACAGAAUUGGCCAGCACUUGCUCAUUUAUAUGGAGACGCUAUAGUAUCCUUCCCAAUACAUCGCCUGGUUGAUCUAGUCUCCAAACACUCGGACCAGCCAGUUUAUUAUUAUCAUUUCGUUUAUCAAGGGCGUUUUAGCUGGAACACUUGGGAUGAUACCAAAAAACCAUUUGGUGUUGUCCAUCACGACGAUUUGAUGUAUCUAUUCUACAUGAAACGAUUCUUUCCAUUUUUUGAGCCAAAUGCACCGGAAAUACCAACUGUCGAACAUAUGACAGCCAUGUGGGCGAGUUUUGCUAAAACUGGUAAUCCCAUUCCGAAAAACAACCGACUGUUUCAAGAUGUCACUUGGGAACCAUUUCAACCCGAAAUUAAACAAUAUCUGGAAAUUAAUAGUACAUUGACUAUGAAGUAUAAUCUUAAUGCCGAAAGAAUGGAAGCUUUUGAAAGAAUUUUCCCAUUAUCACCUCUACAAAAAUACUAAACAGAAUUUUCUACGAACCGACUUGACCCUUUCCCUUACGCUAAUACGAAAAUAUCGCACUUCCUGAAGUACCUUGAGGAUCACGCCGACGGACUCACUAGCCCUACGUUCAAAACAUAACGCAGCCGUCUACCUAAUUCGAAGGCGAGUGUGACGAACACGCGAAUUAGAAAUUUCCACCACACCUGCAACGGAAAGUUUGGAUCUCUGUCAUGGGUUUAGGAAAAUUUCACGCAUGCACGUUUUUAUUUGAUUUGAUUUCCGAUAAGAUGGAAGCGCAACUUUCUUCUCGUUAU